AUGGAUGAAGCCAGGAGAAUGCUUCCACCUGAUGAACAGGAGCCUGAGAAACCAGGAGAUGGUGCAGAUGUUCCCUCUGAUCUCAGGCCGUCUCAACAGGCGGCGCUGGCAGACAAUGAAGGAGAGGAAAGAGCGACACCUAGACAAGACAAUGAAGAUUCUGAAGAUGAUGAACAUGAGCUGCCCAUUUUGGAUCCUGAGCACCCUCUGAUGAGGAGAUUUCAGUCAGCUCUAAAGCAGCACCUGACCAGACAGCUGGAGAACCUGGAACUGCAGCUGCGUGAGAAGGUGACGGAGGAACGGGAGGAGAACUCCAGGCGUGAGGAGCUCGGCGUCAGGCUCUACGGCGUCCAGCAGGACCUCGCCAGAGCGCAGGCCAGUCUGGAGUCUCAACAUGCGUGCAGAGCUGAAGCCAUCAUCCAGAGGAGACAAGUGAAGGAACAGCUGGAGAACAUCAGGAACCAGUACAACAGCGCAGUGGAAGAGCAAGGCAAACAGCGCGCACAGGUGUCGCAGCUGCAGUCUGAGGCAGAGGGUCUCGCACAGCGUCUGCGCUACAUAGAGGAACUGGCCUCGGAUCUAUGCUCAGACGUCUCCACUAUGAAGAACGCCGAGACCAAGGCGCAGACGAAGAAACGACAAGCGGCUCAGCAGAAAUACCAACAGGACCUGUAUGUGGAGCGUCUGACAAAGCAGGUGGAGAAGCUGUGGGAGCAGAUCUCUCUGUACGAGGUGCAGACACGCGUUCAGAUGAACCACAAACACGCCGCCCAAGACGCCUUAGCCGAGGCUCAGCUGGAGUUAGACACCAUGAUAGUGGAGAGGAAGCAGCUGCUUCAACACUGGAACAGCAUCGUGAUGGGGAUGAAGAAGAGAGACGAGGCGUACACUACACUCCAGGAGGCGCUGAGAUCGGCCGAUGACCAGGUGCGUGCUCUGGACACGGAGGUGGAGGGAUGCAGGCGCUCCAUCACACGGGAGCAGGAGCGGAACGAGGCGCUGACGCUGCUGGUGAACCGAGCCGAGCUCAACAGCACCACUUACGAGAAGCUCCUGGCACAGAUAAACACACAGCAGGAGGCGCUGCAGAGUGUCUACACCACACACACACGCACAGUACAGGAAACUGAAAAGAGCAUGAACGUAGUGACCUCGGAGUGCAGCGCGCUUCAGUUAAAGCUCACUGUCCUGAGGAAGCAAAUUGAGAAAGAGGCGAGUGUGCGGUUAGAGCUGGAGGAGAAGAUCAUGAGUAGGAUGCAGGAGCAGCUCAUACACAACAACGCUGCCAAACACACACACUAUCUCAGCACCAAGAUCACGGCUCAGCUCAGAGAGAAGGAAGUCCAGCUUUCAAAGGUGGAGAACGAGGUGGCUGCACUGGCGCUGGAGGUCAGUGAGGUGGUGCUGCGUAUCGAGGCUCUCUCUCGCCUGCAGACGGAGCUGCAACAGGAUGUGAUGAAGCGGAAUCAGCUGGUCUCGGCCAGUGAGGCGGCGGUGGAUAAACUCCUCCUCACCGUCAACCACAAACAGAGCGCCAUCAACGUGUGUAAUAAGAAGAUCGAGCAGAUCAGGGCGAAGACGGGGCAAGAAGACCUGGGUCCUCUGGCGCUCGAGGUGAGGUCUCUGAAUAAACAGCUGGAGGAGCUCGAAGUUGAGAUAAAGGAGCAGCAGCAUUUCUGGCUCUGGCAGCAGGGGGAGCUAGUGAGACUGAAUCGGGAGAAACAAGCACAGAGCAGCGCAACACUAACACUUAACACACAGCUCACCAUCCUGGAGCAGAGGAACCUCCGCAAAAAGAGGGAGAUGGAGCAGGAGGAGCAUGCUCUGGUCGAGAUGGAGAGACACACUGAAGUUCUGAGGUUGGACAUGCAGAAGCUGUACUCUCUCCUGAACCAGAACACACAGCAGAGACAUGAACUGAAGCAGAGCAACAUCCUGAUGGAGAAAAGCUUCAUACACACACUUAAGGAUGCAGAGAGGGAGUCUGUAGAGAUGCAGCUGCGCCUUGAAAAGCUUCAGGAGGAAAAAGAGCGAUUGAUGAACAGCCUUGUAGAAGCAGAACGACAGAUCAUGUUGUGGGAGAGAAAAAUUCAGCUGGCCCUUGAGACUCGUGUGGCCCUGGAGUCUGAGGUUGCAAUGGGGGUGAUAUACACCAUGAAAUCUGAGAUACAUUGCAUGGAGAGGCAUUACAGCCAGCUGAUGAAGCAGCAGGAGAGGAUGCUGAGGGAGAUGGAGGCGGCGGUCGCUCGGCGCGAGAGCAUCAUGACGCGCCGCGAGGCUCAGACACACAGCAGCCACAAACACGUCUUACACAACAAUUUCCAGAACACACUGCAGCACAUGCGUCGCAACAUUCACCAGAUGCACAAGCGAGCAGAGGACUGUGAUGAUGUGAUAGACCAGCUGCUGGAGAUUCAAAGUUCUCUCGCUCAGAAUAUGAGAGAGAAUAAGCUGCAGAUCACUGGCCUCCAGAAGAUUAACUCCGCCCACAAUGAUAACUUCAACAAGAUGCAGGAUACCAGAGAAAAAAACCUGCUUCAGCUGUUGGCUCUGCAGGCUCGGGUGAAGCAGCUGCAGGCAGUAAAGGAGGAUCGUUACAAAGCCACGGCGAGCGAAGAAGACGCGCUGAGCCUCAUCACACAGACACAGCAAGAACAGCUGCGCUUGAUCAGCGAGGUUCUACAGCAGGUUCUCCAGGACUUGCCGCAGCACAAGCCCCUGCUCUCCAGGCUCUGCAUCCUCCUCUCAGUACACACACACUUGGAUCAGGAGAAACCAUGA